AUGCGUUCCGUCCUUAUUCCAAUAAUUCUAUUGGCAUCUUCAGUCAGUGCCUCUCCUUUCAAGAGGUAUGAUAUGCUCAAAAGAUAUGAUAAUACUACUGAAAGUUCAACUGAACUUUCCUCCUCAUCCGGAGGAUUCACAGCAGACAUUAUUGCAUCAUCAAGUACAUUAUCAUUAGUAGAUCCAACUACUUCAGCAGUAGUGUCAUCAGAUCCACCAGCUUCUUCAGAGGAUCCAACUACUACUACUUCUGACGAUCCAGCCACCACCACUCCAGGAAGUAGUGCUGAUAUUAAUACCACCGUUACUGUCAAUGAUUAUAUUACAGUCACUUUACCUUCAACCACCAUCACUUUAAGUGGUUCAAGUGCUAGUGAACAACUUGCUAGUUUGAAAUCUGGUGUGGUCGAUGCUCUUGUUCUUGAUCCAACUAUCACUACUACUGUGACUUUAUAUGGAUCAACUACAUCAAAUGGUGUUGUAACUUCAGUUCCAACUAAUACUUUAACUUCUACUUAUCAAGAUUUAACCACUUCAACCAUUACAAAGUAUAUUACAAUUACUGAAUCAGAUGGUCUGCUUUCAGUUGAACCAGUAGAAUCUACUUCUUCAGUUCCAUACUGUAUUCCAACUACUGUAACUGCUACUGAAACUGAAACUGUUACCGUUACAGCUACCCCAGAACUUUCUAGUGGUGCAGUUGUUUUCACCUCUACAUUUAUUUCCUCAUACCCAGUUACUGCAGCUUUCACUUACGCUGGUAACAUCACCACUAUUACAAGUUACAUUGAUGUCACUUCCACUCAAGUUGUAACCACCACUGCCUCCUCACUUUCCUCAACUUCAGUUGAUCCAUCUUCAAGUUAUGCUUCAUAUUCUUUUGAUUAUUCGGCUGCAAGAGCAGGUAACAAUGCUACAGUUUACUCAUCAGUCGCGCCAUCCACUUCUGCUUCUGCUGCUUCUACAGCUGGCCCAGCCAAAAGAAGUCUUUUCCACUUCUUAUAA